GAUUGGCGUUAGGUCCGCUAUUAGGCGGGCUUGUCCUUGCUGGUGUUUGGGCUCCUGCUUGUUGUGGGGCCAGUGGGGUCCCCCUACAGACCACGUGAACAUGGGAGGCCUCUGGCCGUGGGUGCUUGGUCUACUCUCUUUGCCAGGUAAGUGGGCUGCCUCGCCCUUCUCUUCUCGAGUUUUGGGUCCAGCCACAGAGUGUGGGUAGAGGCGAGAAGGAGUUCUCCUGGCAUGCCAGGCUUGCCCAGUCUGAGUCCAUUUUCCAGAGGUCUGGGCUGAGAAGGGAGGCAUGGGGCAGGGUCCAGGCUAGCCCACACUGCCUUCAGUGUGGGUGUCUGAGGUCUGUCCCCGCCUCUCUUCUGCUCCCUCCCCUACCCCAUACCCACAGAUACUCAGAGCCCAGUGUUGGUCCCCUUAAAGGAGCACCUUCCUCAAGGUUGUCUAGCUCUUGUCACCAGCUGGGACUGAGGGGAGGCCAGGAGGUCUUCCAGGACUACUUUCUGGAGGCCUGCUUUCCAUGAAGGGCCUGGCUCUAGCUGUCUGACCCCCUCCACCCCCACUCCCAUGUGCUAUUGUCCUCUCUCACCAAUGAGGGCGCUUCGGGCCUCAUGGGUAUGCACCUGUCCGGGCCAGGUUUGAUCCUAGGAGCGCCCUCAGCCUGCAGCUCCCAAGAAGCCUGUGGAACCAGCUUCUCAGACGGCCUCAACCCUGAAGAGACCCAGACAUCCUGGGACAAGGACAUCCCUGCGAUUAACCAAGGGCUCAUCCCAGAGGAAACCCCGGAGAGCAGCUUCCUCCUGGAGGGGGAUAUCCUUCGGCCAGUGAGUAGUCCCUUCCGGCUGUUCUCGGCGAGCAGCAACAGGUGGCCUAAGAACGGGGGGUUUGUGGAGGUCCCCUUCCUGCUCUCCAGCAAGUACGAUAAACGCAGCCGCGAGGUCCUCCUGAAGGCAUUUGCCGAAUUUGAGCGCCUCACGUGCAUCAGGUUUGUCGCCUACCAGGGCCAGAGAGACUUCAUUUCCAUCAUUCCCAUGUCUGGAUGUUUCUCCAGUGUGGGACGCAGUGGAGGGAUGCAGGUGGUGUCCCUGGCACCUCCCUGUCUCCGGAAAGGCCCAGGCAUUGUCCUACAUGAGCUCAUGCAUGUGCUGGGGUUCUGGCAUGAGCACUCACGGGCUGAUCGGGACCGCUAUAUUCGUAUCCACUGGAAUGAGGUCCUCCCAGGCUUUGAAAUCAACUUCAUCAAAUCUCGGAGCAGCAACAUGCUGAUGCCCUAUGACUACACAUCAGUGAUGCACUAUGGGAGGUUUGCCUUCAGCCGCCGUGGGCUGCCCACCAUCACACCGAUCUGGGCUCCCAAUGUUCACAUUGGCCAGCGAUGGAACCUGAGCACCUCGGACAUCACACGGGUCCUCAGGCUCUAUGACUGCAGCCCAAGUGGCCAAGGCCCCCGUGGGGGAGGGUUCCAGCCCCACAGCGAUGGUAGGAGCCCUACUCCUGCCUCUAGACCAUACCUGCAGCGGCUUCUGAAGGUGUUGUUGGCAGAAUCUGGGAGCCCCGACACCGGUGCCCCCAAGGCUGGAGCCCUGCAUGUUGCUGCAGGGCCCGGAGAGAGCCCACGUAGCUGGGAGCGCCCUGCGCCAAGGAAGUUCACUCUGCGGGCAUCUGCAGGGCUGCUUCAGACCCCAGCUUCCUCCCUGAACUCCAGGCCUGGAGCAGGUGUUCCUGGUAUUGCUCUAGAGACGUCCUGGCUGGCCCGUGUGCCCUCUGUACCCCCAACCGCGGCUCCAGAAGCAGAAGACCAGCUAGUGCCUAUCCAGGAUGCUUUGGGGACCCCAGAUCUGCCAGGAACACAUGUACCUGAAAGUCCUUUCAGGGGGAUGCCAGGAGGUCGAGCCUGUGGCUUCUGUCCCCAAGGGGGAAGGGCAUCCUCAGUCUCGAAGAGCUGGGUUGUGUAACCCCUGGCCUUCCCGGCCAGUACCUGCUCUUCCAGCCCCAAGAUGGCUCCCCUGUCUGAGGCCUAGGACUCUCCCUCUGCCCCUUCCUUCCCCAUAUGUUCUCCUGAGGGUUCCUCGGGACAAAGGGGACUCCUAGGUCCAUCGGGGGCGGGGGUGGGUGGGUAGGCAGGCCUAGAGGCUGCUGGGAAGGGGAGACGAUACUCUCCAGGGCUCUGGAACCCCAGGGGUCUGGAGAGGUGGGGCAGAGGCAGGUUCCAGCCCUGAAGGCCCCUGGGCAUCCUCCCCUGGGUGAGUCCCAGCCCCCCCAGCAUGCUCAGGCACUGCCACCUCUCAGGCCAGGACUUGGGGAGCCUGUGGCUGGGACCCUGGGGCCGGCCUCCCAUCCCUGGUGUUUGGUGUUAGGAAUAUUACCCUGCAGCUGCAGCCUCCAGCUCGGCUCCCCAGGGGGCUUUCAGCUUGCUCCCCUGCAGUGCGGGGGUGGGGGCUUCAGCGCCAGGAAUGCUAUCCCAGGGAUGCUGAGGAAGGGGUGGAGGCCUCCAGCACUGCACAGCGGGGAAACAGCAAGAACAGGAGGCCCUGACCACAUGACUCCAAGCUCUUCUCCACCUUGCUUUGCUAUUCCCAGGAGCCUUCCCCUCUCUCUCCCCACCAGCCAGGGACUUGAUCAGCGGAGGUCCUGGAAGAUGGAAGGGGCUGGGGAGGUGGGGAGGGGGUAGUCAACCUGCUUUUCUUCCUUCACCAAAGCCCUAGCCUUACCUCCUGGCUUGCUGUGUGAAGGCUUAUAGGCCAGGAGCCCCCCCACCCCCCCCCCCCAGUCCUGGAGAGGCACUAUUCUCGUGGCCUGUUGGAAGCCCUGCUUGGAGUAGGAGGGAAGUAGGAGCCUGGGUCCGGGCCCCGUGGGGCCAAGCACCUCAGACAUUCUGGGGGACGGCACAAAUAAAAUUGGGUAUUUGCUCCA